AUGACGGUGCAGUGGAUUUUGAACGGUUUGCUAUCGACAGUGUUGCUGCUGUUGUUAUCGCACGGCGGUGGACGUGUAAGUGGUCAACAGGCUACACCGAUCGUGGUGAUUGAUGGGCUUGGCACGGUGCAAGGAACGCGUGGUCGCACGGCCUGGACCGAUCGGGAAAUCUACAAGUUUUACAACGUACGCUACGCCGAGGCACCUGUCGGACAGCAGCGAUUCCGAAACCCUGUCCCCGCGCGACCGUGGAGCGGUGUGUAUAAUGCGGCAGCACCGGGUAGACCGUGUCCACAGAUUGGGCUAAAUGUUACCAAUGACGUGGCCCCCGAGGACUGUCUUACACUUUCCGUGUUCACGGCCAACCCAACCGGCAGCAGUCCCGUGAUGGUGUACAUACAUGGUGGUGCGUUUGUCAUGGGUUCCGCGUCGGACUACGAACCGGACUACCUGCUGGAAAAGAACAUCGUACUAGUGGUGUUACAAUAUCGCCUAGGACCGCUCGGAUUCCUCUCCACCGGUACGGCAAACAUUCCCGGAAAUGUUGGCAUGCUCGAUAUAAUUCUGGCCCUUGAGUGGGUCUCACAGAACAUCCGCUUCUUCGGCGGUGAUAGCACACUCGUCACCGUUUUCGGGGAAUCCGCUGGUGGUGCAGCGGUUUCCGCGUUGCUAUAUAGCCCGUUGGUGCGGAAUGGUCUCUUCCAGCGGGCAAUUGUUCAGUCGGGGUCCAUAUUUUCCCCCUGGGCUACGUGCCGAUCGCCAAAGGAUGGUGCGAUGGAUAUCGCAAGGCGCGUAAACUGUGACCGACCGGUAGAAGCUAUGGAAGACUGCUUAAGAGCCGUUCCAGCACGACGGUUAAUGGAGGCAUACGAGGAGCAUAAGAACACUCAAUUCGGUAUUACAGGAUAUCCGGAUGUAUCUGGAGCGUGCAUUGUAAUCGGAGAAGCUUCGCCCUUUAUGCCGAAACACCCGAAAACGAUCGCACGGAGUUCUAUUCGCAGCAUGGAACUGAUGGCUGGAACCACCUCUCAAGAGGGAUUAAUGUUCUGGGAAGGUGUAUACCGUUACGGCCUGUCGUACAAGCCGGAUACCAUGGAGACAUCAUGGGACCUGCUGCAGCUAAUCGACACCAUCAACGAGCGAUUCGGAGCAAGUUCCAACGAUGGAGCGCAUAUGUGGCAUCAGAUUUUCGAUACAUUCCAAACGACGGAGCUGGAUCGUGUCAAUUAUACCGAGCUUCUUCCUGGACUUGUUGAUAUUUGUGGUAACCUUGCGAUCAAGGCACCGGUCCUGCAAGACAUCACCCGAUAUUCACGCGCCAACCCAGGGAAAGUAUUUUUGUACAGCUUCGACUACAGUGGAAUAUCUUCGAUGUACAACUUUUCUGCCUCGGAAGACUUCCAGUAUCCAUAUCCUAACAAUUCGUUCCAUGCGGAAGACCUGUUCUACCUGUUUCCCCUCGGGCAACGCCUCAAUGAGCCAGAUUCCGAAAUGGCGAAGAUGAUGGUUGAUCUCUGGACUUCAUUUGCCAGUAGCGGAAAACCGUCAGCCACACGGCUGAACAUCAGCUGGGAUCCUGUAGCAAAUUUUUAUGGCCCGUACCUUAAGAUAAACAACGGGUGUUCGGUGAAUAACAAUUAUUUUGAUGAAUUCACGGCAUCUACAGAGAGAGUAAGGCAACAGCGAUCUGAGGCAUCAUUUUUCAUUCUUUCAAAAACGAUUGCCUUAAUUGCAAUUUUACUUGGGGUUAUUAAAACUCUAUUGUAA